AUGGGUGAGACCCUCGCCUUUCACCUUGACCAAAACCCUCUCACCUUGCAAAUCAAGGCAAACCUUGACCAGUUGGCAACCCUAACUGUUGAUGAGAUUGAAGUGAUUUGUGGCGACGAUAUAACCGACACAUCUAUUAAGCGGACAUUCAAUGAGAUUAAAGUGAAGACAUAUUUGGACACAUUUGAGUUGUACGACAAUCACCUCAUCACUGGUCUCCCCGACUAUAUCUUUCACGAUGUGUCAUUCAAAACAAUGAACGUGUUCAAUGUGAAAACACUGACCAUGGUGGGCGAGAAUGCUUUCGCCAGUUCAGUCAAUACGACCACAUCUUUGCGGAUCAGCUCGUGUUCACUGAAGUCCAGCGAAUUCUUAUUUAAAGCCAUUUCACAAUUGGUUCGCUUGACUUCUGUUGAUCUCUCAGACAAUCAGUUAGAGGAGAUAAAAGAUAAUGCGUUCGGGUCUAACCAGCACCUAUUGACCAUGGUGCUUCUGGACAGAAACCGACUGAAGACCCUUGUAAACGGCUCGCAAUACAAUCCCAUAAGAAUUUACGUCAAACUGAACCAAAUCGCCCAAAUCGGUGACCAGGCCUUUGCCGGACUCAACCGACCCGUCACUCUAGACCUGUCUUUCAACAAUUUAACGCAAUUAACGGCCAAUACAUUCGCCCAUAUGUUAAGCUACGAGCCCUCAAAGAUUAUUAUUAAAGGAAAUCACGUGAACUGUGUCUGUGGUCUGCAAUGGGUUUACGUGAACAGCACUAUAAGGCCUAAGAUGUCGGGUCCCCUCCGAUGCGAUGAUAAGCGCUACUUCUCCAGCCUUAAUGACAUUGAUUUUAAAAAUUGUACAAAUGAUCAUGCUAAAAGCACAGCCCCUGUGACUGAAGCUCAGGGGUAUUGUAGGGCCACUACUGAGUCGCGCGCCAACAGGAGGACAGACAGGCCUGGAGUGUGUCAAAGGAGUUGA